AUAAAUUUAUUCUCCUCCCUCACCCUAAUCACACUUACAAUCCUAGCCCUACCAAUCGCUAUAAAUUUAACUAAUUACAAAAACGCCCCCUUCGCACUUCACGUGAAAUCUUCUAUCGCAUGCGCCUUCAUUACCAGCCUUAUUCCAACCACACUAUUCAUAUUCUCAGGACAAGAAAUAAUUAUCUCCAACUGACACUGAAUAACAAUUCAAACCCUAAAACUGUCCCUUAGCUUCAAACUAGACCAUUUCUCCAUUCUAUUUGUACCAGUAGCACUAUUCGUCACAUGAUCUAUUAUAGAAUUCUCAAUAUGAUACAUAAACACUGACCCCAACAUUAAUCAAUUCUUCAAAUAUCUCCUUAUAUUUCUUAUCACUAUAAUAAUCCUAGUAACAGCUAACAACCUGUUCCAACUAUUUAUCGGCUGAGAAGGAGUCGGUAUUAUAUCAUUCCUAUUAAUCGGCUGAUGGUACGGACGAACCGAUGCAAAUACAGCAGCCCUACAAGCAAUCCUGUACAAUCGUAUUGGGGACAUUGGAUUUAUCCUAGCCAUAGCAUGAUUUCUAUUAUAUUCAAACACAUGAGAAUUUCAACAAAUAUUUAUACUAAAUCAAGACCCUAAUAUCAUUCCACUGAUCGGUUUACUCCUAGCAGCCACCGGAAAGUCCGCCCAAUUCGGAUUACAUCCAUGACUACCAUCAGCAAUAGAGGGCCCAACUCCAGUAUCAGCCCUACUCCAUUCCAGCACAAUAGUCGUAGCAGGAAUUUUCCUCCUAAUUCGAUUUUACCCUAUAAUAGAAAAUAACAAAACCAUCCAAACCAUAGCACUAUGCCUUGGCGCUAUCACCACACUAUUCACAGCAAUAUGCGCUCUCACACAAAACGACAUUAAAAAAAUUGUAGCCUUCUCCACUUCCAGCCAACUAGGCCUAAUAAUAGUUACCAUCGGCAUUAACCAACCCCAUUUAGCCUUCCUCCAUAUCUGCAACCACGCAUUCUUCAAAGCCAUACUCUUCAUAUGCUCCGGAUCCAUUAUCCAUAACUUAAAUGACGAACAAGAUAUUCGAAAAAUAGGAGGCUUAUUUAAAGCCAUGCCCUUCACAUCCUCAUCCCUUAUCAUUGGAAGCCUUGCACUAACGGGCAUGCCCUUUCUAACAGGCUUCUACUCAAAAGACCUAAUCAUUGAAUCCGCAAACACCUCAAACACCAACGCCUGAGCCCUAGUAAUUACACUAAUUGCCACUUCCUUAACUGCCAUCUACAGCACACGAAUCAUCUUCUACGUAUUAACAAAUCAACCUCGAUUCACAACCACAAUUAAUAUCAAUGAAAACAACCCUCUAUUAAUCAACUCAAUUAAACGCCUAGCAUUUGGUAGCAUUUUCGCUGGAUUCUUCUUAUCCUAUAACACCCCUCCCAUAAACUUACCACAAAUAACAAUGCCCACUUACCUAAAAUUAACAGCCCUGAUAGUAACCAUCACAGGAUUUGCCUUAGCAAUAGAACUAAACCUUAUAACAAAGAACCUAAAAUUCAAACUUCCCUCAAACAUAUUCAAAUUCUCAGAACAACUAGGAUAUUUCCCAACUACCAUGCACCGCCUUAUACCAUCACUCAACCUAAACAUGAGCCAAAAAACGGCAUCCCUAUUACUAGACCUAAUCUGACUAGAAAAAACAAUACCAAAAAACCUAUCUCACCUACAAAUAACCACUUCAAUUGUAGUAUCCAAUCAAAAAGGCCUCAUUAAACUAUACUUUUUUACAUUCCUGACCUCUAUCCUCCUGACCACCCUCUUAAUCAUUUAA